UGCAGUUCGAUUCCUUGCACAAUCGAUAUGCGGUCCAUGCAAGUCGCAGCUUUGGCGCUCCUCGCGCUCACACUCACCGAAGGUAAAAUCCUGCUGAAGAGGGAUGGUCUUCCUCCAGCAGGGCCUCCGCAGACGAGGGCUAAAGCCCCGGAAUUUGGAUGGUUCAAGCAGAGGUUGGAUCAUUUCGAUACCACAGAUAACAGGACGUGGAGCAUGAGGUUCAUGAAUCAAAGCCAGUUCUUUGAAUUGGGUGGACCGAUUUUCGUUUUCCUCGGUGGAGAAUGGGAGAUUUCCUCUGGAUAUUUGCAAACAGGUCAGAUGUUCGAUAUGGCUGCUGAACACCACGGUUACAUGUUCUACACUGAGCACAGAUACUACGGAAAGAGUUUCCCAUUCAACAACGUCUCUUCUGAUAGCUUGAAGUACCUCACCACCGAUCAAGCUUUGGCUGAUGUAGCCUACUUCAUCACUCACAUGAAGAGAACUAUGCGUGGUAUGGCCAACAGCAAAGUCGUCGUUGUUGGUGGAUCUUACUCAGCUACCAUGGCUCAAUGGAUGAGGUUGAAGUACCCGCAUCUGAUCACAGCCGCCUUGGCUUCCAGUGCUCCAGCUAAGGCCGUUGAGGAUUUCAAAGAAUACUUCGAGGUUGUCAGUGAUAACAUUAAGCUGAAUUCUGUGGAAUGUUGGGACACCAUCAAGAAUGGAACUGCUGCUAUGGUUGAUCUUCUGGAAACUGCUGCAGGCAAGAAGAAGCUCGAAGGAUUGUUGAACACUUGCACACCGAUCAGAACUGAGGAACCGUACCGCGCUUACCUCUUCAGCUCCAUCGGAGGAAUCUUCGCCGGUAUCGUGCAAUAUGCUUACAUCGGUCAAAUCAAGAACGAAUGCAACCAACUUUUGCGUAACUCCGGUUCUCCUUUGGAGAAGUUAAGUUCCUACGUCAGGGCUCAAUAUGGAGGAGAUUGCGUUGGAGAUUACGAUGAGUUCUUGGAGUACUACGCAAUUGAUAACAUCACCGAAUACAUCCAUCGUCAAUGGUAUUACCAGACUUGCACUGAGUACGGAUUCUAUCAAACCACUUCAUCUGAUGAUCAACCUUUUGGAAAGACCAUGCCUUUAUCUUUGAACCAUCACACCUGCAAGGAUCUGUUCGGAAAAGAAUUCAACGUGGAUUUGCUGCGUAGAGGAAUCAACAGGACGAACAUCGUUUACGGUGGAUACGAUAUGGAAGUUACCAAGGUUGUAUCCGUUCAUGGUACUGUUGACCCAUGGCACGCGGUUGGACUCACCAAAGAUUUGAACCCAGAAGCUCCAGUUUUCAUCGUCAACGGAACCUCUCAUUGCGCUGAUUUGAGUUCCAUCAGCGACUACGAUCUUCCGGAAAUGUACGCAGCCAAGAAACGCUCCAAGGAAUUGAUCGCCAAAUGGUUGAAGUAAACAAAAAUGCAACAAUUAAUGCCAUAAUUAAAUAAAACAAAAAAGCUUUCCUUGUAA